UGGGACACAAGGACAUGGUGAUCUCACUCUGCCUGGCUCUGGUCACCUACGUGCCCCUGCUGUGGUUGGUGAGGGAGGCCGAUGGGGUGCCCGACCCCGUCGAGAGGGACCUGCUCAUGCGGCAGGAGGCGUCCAGGCAGACGGGCGGGCUGUUGACCCUGACCCCCGCCGAGAAGAGGCUGGACGCUUACCUCCACCAGCUGAAGGAGCAGGAGAUGUCGGCCGCACACUUCCCCCCGGCUCUGCACUUCUUCAAGGCUAAGCCUCUCAUCCAGAAGAGUACCAUCUUCAAACUGCUGCAGGAGAUGCCUAAAGGCGGAGCCCUCCACGUCCACAGCUCGUCUAUGGUCAGCGCUGAAUGGCUGGUGAAAAAUGUCACGUACCGGCCCAACUGCUACAUCUGCUUCACGUGGGACAACUCUGUCCGCUUCCUGUUCUCGGACCGCCAGCCCUUCCCACGGUGGGACUGCUUCUACUGGCAGCUGCUGGAGACGCUGAGAUCCAGGAUAGGAGACAACGCAGGCUUUGACAACAGUUUAAUCCAGCACCUCACGCUGUUUACUGAGGAUCCAAAUGGUGAAUAUCCGAACCAGAACGUUGUGUGGGAGAAGUUUGAGAAAGCCUUCAUUGCGGCCACCGGGCUGAUCACUCACGCGCCGGUGCUGAAGGAUUACUUCCACCAGGGCCUGGAGGAGCUUUACGCCGACAACGUCAUGUAUCUGGAAGUGAGGAGCAGCCUGUGCAGGACGUACGAGCUGGAUGGAACCAUCCACGAUAGGAUCUGGACUCUGAAAACAUUUCAACAAACUACACAGAACUUUAUAAAAGACCAUCCAGACUUUCUCGGUGUCAGGAUCAUAGUUUCUGUCAACAGGGCGCUGACUGUAGUGGAGGUAAAAGCAGCUGUAAAAGAAACCAUCCAGCUCAAGAAGGACUUCCCAGAUGUGAUUGCAGGAUUUGACAUGGUUGGCAGGGAGAGCAGCGGGAGCACGCUGUGGUACUUCAGAGAGGCCCUCUCUCUGCCAGCCCAGAUGGGAGUAUCGCUGCCGUACUUCUUUCAUGCAGGAGAGACAGACGAUGAAGGGACCGCAGUGGAUCAAAACAUCCUGGACGCUCUUCUGUUCAACACAUCGCGUAUUGGACACGGAUACGCGCUGGCACACCAUCCCGUCGCCAAAGAGCUCUCCAGAAAGAGAAAUGUUGCCGUGGAGCUGUGUCCCAUCUCAAACCAGGUGCUGAAGCUGGUGUCUGACCUGAGGAACCAUCCUGCAGCCGUGCUGAUGUCCGAGGGCCACCCCAUGGUGAUCAGCUCCGAUGACCCGUCUCUGUUUGGGACGACGGGUCUCUCCUACGACUUUUAUGAGGCCUUCGUUGGCAUCGGGGGCCUGAAAGCAAACCUGGGGACUCUGAAGGAGCUGGCGGUGAACUCCAUCAGAUACAGCUCGAUGUCAACUGCUCUGAAGGAUGCAGCUCUCGUCUCGUGGCGGAAAAAAUGGGACGCUUUCAUCUCUAAAAACUCAUGACAACUGAAACUCAGCGGAUCCUGUUUGACUUGAAUGACGUUGGGAUUACAAUUCAACUAAAACGAAGACUUACGGGCCAUCAGCAGUCUUUAAAAAGAAGAAGGAGCUUUAUUUAGGUCAUCAUACCACACCUUGUUUUGGGAAGGUACUGUGAUCAUCAUUGUACUCAUUUCUUUUAAAUCCUCUGGGAAAGAAGGAAAAACCAAUUAACCAUCCUUGCGAGAGAGUAAAGUUAUCUUUUUGCAUCAGUACAAAGUCCAAUCACUGAUGCAAUAAGAAUUAAGGCCAUAACUCACAUAUUUUUUGUCAAGAAAGAGAAAAAGCGAUGUAAAUAAAACAUUCAAACAAAAUGGACAUAAGUUCUGACCAGUGCAUUUCGCAACUUUACUGGUUCACCUUCACUCGGGCCGUUUCUGUGGCCCGUCGCCCCCAAAGACGUGCUGUAUCUUCCAGACUUGAGAAGUGCACUGCUGAACGACGAGUCUGAAGGAGCCGUCUUGGCUCGCUGCCACCUCCAGACAUCUGUCCGUGUCCCUGUUCCUGAUAGCGCCUCCCUGGGGAUGAAACUCAU